AUGACAAACUCUCUUGCCAUCUUGCGUUGUGACAUGACCACCGUCAUGAAUGACGUUGCUGAUAUCAAAGCAAAAACUUUGAACACUCCUGUAUCUGCUGUUUUGCAGAGUCAGCCAAUGGCUUUAGUGCAUGCUUUUGCUCCUGUGAGCAUGGAAAUGAAUGUAGCUGGUUCUCCCACCAUGGCUUCUGAUGCAAAAUCAGUCAACAAAACAAAAGCCUAUGUAUAUAUCAUACAUAUAAGACUUCUUUGGGACCAUUUGUGGGACCCUAAGUUCAAGUCAAAACAUUUGGCUGAAAUUCAAGCCAACAAUGGCAAGCCAAGGUGGAACACGGCUGUCAACUUCAACCAGUUGCCAAACACUGAGUUGAAAGAAAACCUCGUUGCCUACUUGGAAAGAAAUUUUGUAGGAGCAGGACUGAGAAAAAGUGAUGUUCGUGACUUUGUCUACACAAACUUCACUAGCAGAAAGCGGGCAGCUAAUAAGUGUCAGGCUAAAAAGAAGUCAGACAAUGCUCGCAACAGAAGAAGUAGUCGCGAAAAGAAGAUGAAAAGAGAUUGCUCUGGUCUCAUUAUAAAAGAGGCUAUGUCUGUUGGUGAGUCAGACGAUGGCACUUCGCCUCAUGUUUCUUAUAGUGGGCUUCGUCUUUGUCGUCCAGGUUGGAGAAGUGAUGAGUACAACCACUUCAUCACACUUGUUGACAACAAAGUGGUAGCUGAUUUAGGCUUAAAUAGUCAUCAAUUGCUGUCAUGUGCUUUUGGCAAAACCAUUGAAAGACCAGUUCCUGAUGCAAUUGCGGCACAGUUUUCUCAGUGGGCUCUUAGAAACGGGCCCUAA